GUAUCCUGGCCCCAUCUCUCUAUGAUCCCAGUGAUCCCGGGGUAUCCCGGCCCCGUUCCGCUGGAAUCCCGGUGUUAUCCCGGGAAAUCCCGGUGUUAUCCCGGCCCCAGCCCCGUCCCGCUGGAAUCCCGGCGUGAUCCCGGCCUAAGCCCCGUCCCGCUGGAAUCCCGGUUUGAUCCCGGGCCUAUCCCGGUAUUAUCCCGGGCCUAUCCCGGUGUGAUCCCGGGUCUAUCCCGGUGUGAUCCCGGGCCUAUCCCGGUGCGAUCCCGGGUCUAUCCCGCUGUGAUCCCGGGCCUAUCCCGGUUUGAUCCCGGGCCUAUCCCGGUGUGAUCCCGGGCCUAUCCCGGUGUGAUCCCGGCCUAUCCCGGUGUGAUCCCGGCCCUAUCCCGGUGUGAUCCCGGGCCUAUCCCGGCCCCACCGCCAUGGGGAAGAAGGGGAAGCGCGACAAGAAGGGGAAAGGCGCCGAGAAGACGGCGGCGAAGAUGGAGAAGAAGGUGUCCCGCCGAGCCAAGAAGGAGGAGGAGGAUCUUGAAGCCCUGAUWGCAGAAUUCCAGAGUCUGGAUGCUAAAAAGACCCAAGUGAUUGAAUCAUCCUGUCCUCCCCCCUCACCCAGGCUGAACUGCUCCCUCUGUGCUCACCCCGAGAGAGACGAGCUGAUCCUUUUUGGAGGUGAAUAUUUCAAUGGCCAAAAAACCUACCUGUACAAUGACCUGUACAUUUACCACAUCAGGAAGAACAGCUGGGCCAAGCUGGAGAUCCCCAACCCACCCCCGAGGCGCUGUGCUCACCAGGCAGCUGUGGUGCCCACGGCUGGGGGGCAGCUCUGGAUCUUUGGGGGCGAGUUUGCCUCUCCCAAUGGGGAGCAGUUCUACCACUACAAGGAUCUCUGGGUCCUGCAUUUGGCCACCAAGACCUGGGAGCAGAUCAAGGCACCAGGAGGUCCCUCUGGACGAAGCGGACAUCGAAUGGUUGCGUGCAAAAGGCAGCUGAUCAUCUUUGGAGGUUUCCAUGAGAGUGCAAGGGAUUACAUCUACUACAACGAUGUGUACACCUUCAACCUGGACUGUUUCACCUGGAGCAGGCUGGCUCCUGCAGGCAUUGGGCCWGCCCCCAGAUCUGGCUGUCAGAUGACUCCCACCCCCGAGGGCAACAUCAUCAUCUACGGAGGAUACUCCAAACAGAGGAUCAAGAAGGACGUGGAUAAAGGCACCCUGCACACGGACAUGUUCUUGCUGAAGGUGGAAGGGGCAGCCAAGGAGGAAGAAAGGUGGGUGUGGAGCAGGCUCAGCCCCUCCGGAGUAAAACCCACCCCCAGGUCUGGCUUCUCUGUGGCUGCUGCCCCCAACAACCGCUGCCUCCUUUUUGGGGGAGUGCACGAUGAGGAGGAGGAGGAGAGCAUUGAAGGGGACUUCUUCAAUGACAUUUAUUUCUAUGACCUGGGGAAGAACCGCUGGUUCCCUGCACAGCUCAAGGGCCCAAAAUCAGAGAAGAGGAAGCGCAGGCGUGGCAGACAGGCUGAGGCUGAGGCUGCUGGGGAGGAGCACACGGAGCUGUCCCCUCCCCAGGGACCCCUGGAGAUCAUCAAGGAGGUGGUGGCAGAGGAUGGCACCGUCAUGACCAUCAAGCAGAUGAUCCCUGCAGCUGCAGAGGACAAGGGCAGGUCUGGCUCUGAAGAGGAGGAGGAGGAGGAGGAGGAGGAGGAAGGAGCAGCUCUGGGGCAGCCUGUGGAGCCGUGCCCACGCUCCAAUGCCAUGGUGGCAGUGAAGCAUGGCAUCCUCUAUGUCUAUGGGGGCAUGUUCGAGGUGGGAGACCGGCAGGUGACCCUCAGUGACCUGCACUGCAUCGACCUGCACAGGAUGGAUGGCUGGAAGGUGCUGCUGGACAUGGACCCCAGUAAGCUCUGCUUUGCAUUCAGGGGAAAAAAACAACUCUGGGGCUUCCUCAGGGGUGGGGAGCAGCAGGCCCAGUACGUGGCCAGGACCGAGCCCUACUGGCUCCGAGUGGCCCGCAGCCACAUGGGCCCCGAGGCCAAGGACAAGAAGGUGCUCARGGUGGCUCAGGCCAUGGCCAAGACCUUCCAUGAGGAGUCUGUGCACAAGUCUUGAGGUUCUGCAGCGGUGAAGGAGCUGUGCCUGAUGUCCAUCCCAGCUCUGAGGGUCUCCGGGCUGACCAUCCCGUCCCAGAUGGGUGCUCUGGAUGUGCUGUUCCUCCUGAGGGUCCUGAGGAACAGGAUUGCUGUCCCAGCACUUGUUCUGCUGAGCUUGGGCUGUCCAACACUGACUGUUGUGUUCCAGAGYUGUUUGGGGUCUGUCCAUUCAAACUGUGCACAUGACAAUGGUUCCCUGGUCCCAAAUCCCUGCUUGGGGCCAGGACACAUCUCCGAGGGUUCCUACAAUAAACUGAUUGGUUACAUCA